AUGAGCGCCCAGGCCCAGAACAAGAUCGCCCCCAACAGCCCUUCGCGGCAGAACCCCUCCGAGCUUGAGCAGAGCAUUGCUCAGGCUCUCUACGAUCUCGAGACCAACACUGCCGACCUCAAGGUUGCCCUGCGACCUCUGCAGUUCGUCUCUGCCCGCGAGAUCGAAGUUGGCCACGGCAAGAAGGCUGUUGUCAUCUUUGUCCCCGUCCCUUCCCUGCAGGGCUUCCACCGUGUUCAGCAGCGCCUGACCCGUGAGCUCGAGAAGAAGUUCUCUGACCGCCAUGUCUUGAUCCUCGCCUCGCGACGCAUCCUGCCCCGCCCCAAGCGCUCUGCUCGCUCCCGCAACACCCAGAAGCAGAAGCGUCCCCGUUCCCGCACUCUGACUGCUGUCCACGAUGCCAUCCUGGCCGAUCUCUGCUUCCCUGUCGAGAUUGUUGGCAAGCGCAUCCGCACCAAGGAGGACGGCAGCAAGCUCCUCAAGGUUGUCCUUGACGAGAAGGAGCGCGUCGGUGUUGACUACAGACUCGACACCUACGCCGAGGUUUACCGCCGCCUUACUGGCCGCAACGUGAACUUUGAGUUCCCCCAGACCGGCAAUGCUGAUCUCUAA